AUGCGACUGAAGGCGGCCAGCUACAACCGAUUGUGUAUUUCGCUCGUCUGGGGCCUUGCGCUACUGGGACUUCAUGGCUCGGCCGCUCAACAGCCAGGUCGCAACCCGCAGGCCGCCGCUGCCGCCUCCGCGAUAGAAUCAUGCGAGGCGAGGACCAUAAACUACAUAACACACACCUUGCCACAGCAAUGUCUGCGCACCUCCUGGUCCAGCGCUGCCAACGAAGCGGCGACAGCUGCGGCAGGGCCGAUCGUCACGUCUACCACGGGCGAACCGACAGCGGCCCCUGAAACCGAUGAGAAAAACAAUGGCCAUAAGACGGGUGGAGAAACGGGUGGCGCAGACGACGGUCAGGAUCAGGAGCUGGCCACCAGCUCGUUCAUGUCCUUUGAAGAGUGGAAAGAGCUUCAGUUGAGGAAGGCAGAGCAGGAGGCUGGCGAUCCCAAGACUAGGAACAAGGAUGACGGGUCAGGUCAUCAACAGCAGCAAGACGGAGAAGGAGGUCGAGACGACGGAGAGUUAAACUUAGAUUUUGACGCCCUGUCGGAGAAGGUGUCUGAGAUUACGGCUUCGGGAGCCGGUCCGACGGGCGAGGCUGCGGGUAAGCAGCAGGAGCAACAAAAGCAACAGCAAGACAAGAAGGGUGAAGAUCUUGCCAUAUACGAGGGCGGCGAUUCGGCAGCCCAGUACACCCGCAGCAAAGACGCAGGCAAGACGUGCAAGGAGCGGUUCUCAUACGCCUCUUUUGACGCCGGCGCCACGGUUCUCAAGACUGGCCCGCGCGCUAAGAACGCGAAGGCUAUCUUGGUCGAGAACAAGGACUCGUACAUGUUGCUCGAGUGCGCCCAGCCAAACAAGUUUGUCAUCAUCGAGCUGAGCGACGACGUCCUGGUCGACACCGUUGUCAUUGCCAACUUUGAGUUCUUCUCCAGCAUGAUCCGCACGUUCCGCGUCAGCGUGAGUGACCGCUAUCCCGUAAAGCUGGAGAAGUGGAAGGUCAUUGGCACCUUCGAGGCCCGCAACCAGAGGGAUAUCCAGGCCUUCUUGGUCGAGAACCCCCAGAUCUGGGCCAAGUACAUCCGUAUCGAGUUUUUGAAUCACUACGGCAGCGAGUUCUACUGUCCCAUCUCGCUGGUACGCGUGCACGGCACUCGCAUGAUGGACUCGUGGAAGGAGGUCGAGGGUGGCCGUGAUGACGAUGACGAGGUCAUCGGUCAAGCCGUGCCCGCUAUUUCUCAGGAGCCAAUGGAGCCGCAACCACCGGCCGAGGAGGAGCCCAGUUCGCCCGAGCCUGUGGCCGCAGACAAUGUAACCAGUGCCCCUCCAGUCGUGACUGAAAUGGGUCUCACGCCAUGGGUACCCAUAUUCCGCGAAUUCUCCUCAUUUGAGAUGUGCGAGAUGCCAGCACCAACGGCCACAGAUUCUGGCCCAGCUUGCCAGUCUUCGGUAGUCUCUGGACCCGACACGCAGCCUCUACAUGACGGAAAGCCACACGAUUCUGUGGAUGGGAACCGGUCAACGGCACAGAACCCAGUAUCCUCAUUGAAUUCCUCCAUUCACACUUUCGAAGAGACCGGCGCGCCUCGAGGAAAUGUCACGAUGGCUGAUCCGGCAGCUUCCGCUUACAAUACCGAGAACUUAGUAUCACCAUCACCGCUUGCAUCAACCGAAUCCCCAUCAGGGGUAAAGGACUCUGCCUCUACAUCAUCAUCAACCUCCACACAAGCUUCUUCCCCCAAAUCCGUUAACAACAGCAGCAAGCACAAAACACUAGUAUCUAAACCUUCCUCGGCCUCGGUCAAGCCCCCGACGCCCAAGCCGUCAAGCACAGUGCCUCCUUCAGCUAGGAACAGAACGGGCACCAACACCAACAGCGCACCGGCAGCGUCCCCAACCGUGCAGGAAUCGUUCUUCAAGACGGUUGCCAAGCGUUUGCAGCUGCUCGAGUCCAACACCUCACUCUCGAUGCAGUAUAUUGAGGACCAAUCCCGCUUCCUCCAGGAUGCCCUUGCCAAGAUGGAACGCAAGCAGAUUUCGCGGGUUGACAGCUUCCUCGACACCCUCAACCGCACCGUUUUGGCCGAGCUCCGCUCAGUCCGUUCCCAGUACGACCAGAUCUGGCAGAGCACCGUUAUCGCCCUCGAAUCGCAGCGGGACCAAUCUCAGCGCGAGAUCGUCGCCCUCAGCGACAGACUAAGCGUCUUAGCAGAGGAAGUCGUUUUCCAGAAACGCAUGGCCAUCCUGCAAUCCAUUCUGCUGCUCGCCUGCCUGGUCCUCAUCAUAUUCUCCCGCGCAUUCGGCGGUGCCGCGUCGACCGUCACCUUUUCCGGGACGCCUCGCCACUCGCGCUGGACUUUCGCCAUGCCCAUGUCUCCUCCACCUUCCGCCGGCCUUACCGGCAGGAGAUUCGGUCCGAGCUCGCCAUCAAGGCUCGGCAGCAUUGCACUACGGUCGCCGCCACAAGAAGAUGACGACCGACUGACUACCAUCGAUAACCGUCACCGCUACGCCGACAAGACCCUACCCCUAACGCCGACGUCCGAGUACGACGCCGGCGGGCGGGAAGGUACUCCCGUCAUUCACGUGGUCGAUGAAACGGGGGAGCCCAGCUAUUUUGACGACACCGCCAGCUUCUCCUCGCCCCAACGGCUGGGCAGCGAGGCAAGCGAUGCCACCCCUGACCUUGGGUACGGCAGUGAUACACACGUGGAAGCUGGCGAUCAAGCACUCAGUUCCUCGGAACCUGCCGACGAAACGAAUGCCUCUCGCGACGAGCAGGCCAAAUAUCCACCCGGGGGUGAGGAAAGCGAUGGCUUCAAGGCCAGCGCCGCUGAUACAGAAGUAGAGGGUUCCGGUCCUCCUUUAACGAGAACCACACUACCCGACUUUGGAGAGGCACGAAAGCCGCUCCCUGCUCUACCUGAAAGCCCAUAA